AUGUCGAGUUCCCGCAACGAUGGGAUUUUUUGGCAUCAUAAGUCUAGCGUCAGAAUAGGUGAAAUUGAACGCUAUAUCAUCACAUAUCAACUUUACGACGAUGAUGAAGGGCUUCCAGCAGACUUAUCACUUAAUUCGCUUUGGCUGAGGGUUCAAAACAUUGAAAACUUGACUUAUAGGGCAGCUUACUUGAUGGGACCUUAUCUACUUUACUGCGAUCUGCGAACUGAAGAAUACCACCAUUCCCAACAUCUUUUCGUUUCGGCAGAUCAGCCUAAGUUCGAGCCGGCAUUGCAACCGCAACAGGAUUUUUACGCUGAAAUGUCAUUGCAUAACCUCAAGAAAAAAUACGUUUGGAUUCUGGACAUAGCAAGCCAGAUCAUUUUCACUAACACAAGUCAAAUCGGCUUUGAGAUUUCGAUCGGGUCGUCCAAGAAAAGUCUAGAAAACAUUUAUUUUGGUGAACAUCUUUUUCCGUAUUCGGCUAGCUCGAAACUGAGUGUGACACGGCUAGACACUUUGGAUCAAUGGAACCUCAGCGAUUAUAUGUCGCCUCAAGCGGAUCAGAAACAACAUCUAGUCAUCAUGACUCAUGGAUUGCAUUCUAACGUCCCAGCAGAUCUAUUAUACGUUAAAGAACAGAUUGAAAAGUCCCAGAAGUACUAUAAGGACGAACAAAUUGUCGUCAAAGGUUUCACUGGAAACGUUUGCAAAACUGAAAGAGGUAUUAAGUAUCUGGGCACCAGACUAGCCAAUUAUGUGGUGCAAAAAUUAUACAACGAACGAGUGACCAAAAUAUCUUUUAUCGGUCAUUCAUUGGGUGGCCUCGUCCAAACAUUCGCAAUUGCUUAUAUCUCAGUGAACUUCCCCUGGUUCUUCGAAAGAGUUCAGCCCACUAAUUUUAUUACUCUGGCAUCUCCGUUACUUGGUAUUGUGACGGACAACCCUGCUUACGUUAAUAUGUUGCUAUCUUUUGGUAUUGUUGGAAAGACUGGACAAGACCUGGGUCUCAAAGGGCAGUCCGAAGGUGAAAAGCCGCUUCUAUAUUUUCUUCCGGGAGAGCCCACCAAAACCAUUCUGAAAAAGUUCAAGCGUCGUACGAUUUACGCUAAUGCCGUAAACGAUGGUAUUGUUCCGCUUUACUCGGCUUCAUUGCUCUUUUUGGAGUAUAAAGAAGUCUUGGCUCAACUCCAAAGAAUGCCAGACAUCGGUCAUAAGUUAGUGACCACUGCGCCAGGUGAAUUCUUCAUGAAAAAUUUCAUUGCUCCAAUCUCCAAAGCUAUCAGUCUGUGGGCUCCUCAGAAGUUUCCAGAUGAUGGGGAUGGCAUUUCGAAAAUUCCGAAAGCGUCCGUAAUAGAAUCUGCUACCUCCAUAUUGAUUCCACCAGCUCCAGAUAAGUCAUAUAUCAUGGAUCCUGCAACUCGUGCUAAUGUCAUUAUUCAUGACAAGCUAUACACCGAAACCGAUAUUCCGGAACGCAACUCAAACUCGGAAGAAGAGUUGCUGGGUAGUAAUAACGUACUUUUACGCACAUUUGUCGCGAACGCUGAAAAUUCUCACCAACAACUAGAGGAAGAAAUCGCGAGACGUUGGCACGAGGGUCUCGAUUGGCGCAAGGUAAUCGUCAGUUUAAAACCUGACGCUCACAAUAACAUUAUCGUAAGGAGAAGAUUUUCCAAUGCGUAUGGAUGGCCAGUAAUCGACCACUUGAUUCAAAACCACUUCAACGGUGUAGACAAUGAAUUGCAUUUUCCAAACGCCCAACCUGAGCUGGCAGAGAGCGGCCCCUCGAAUAGUGAUGGCAGCUGGGUUAAUUCUACAGAUAGAAAGAGAAUCUUUGACGUGGGGCCAACUGGAAUGAUUUCAACGGUCACUGACAUGUUCGAUUCAUUGAGCAGGAAUAGGCCACUACUGAAUCGUAAUAUGAGCUCAUCCCGCAGGCGGGAAAGUACUUUCAGUCAAGACGAGUUGUUCAGAUAUGAACUUGAAGAAAAUGAGUUAGGCGGAAAUCCUUUAUAA